CCACUGCAGCAGCUGGCAGCUGGGAAGGCGCCCACAGAGCGGGCACGCCAAGCGGGACGCGGGAGUCUCCGAGAGAGACCCCAGGCGCCUGCUGGGCUCCGCUGGCAGAGUUUGCAAGUGGCUGACACCCCCGCAGGUGGCAGCCCUGAGCCCUGAUGCUUGACCAGAUGGAAGCCUGCCAGCUUCUGUUUCCACGAGUGGACACACAGAGUGUGGUCCCCAGCUGGGAAAGAAGCCGGAAACAGCCUCAGUGAAACAAUCCAGCCCCAACCGGCCUGAGCAGCUGAGAAAGGCGAGGAGGGCACUGUGGCUGCUGCUGACCCGCGAAUCCUCCUCCACUUGCUCUUCUCAAAGCUCUUUGGGGCUCUCUGAGGCCAAGAACAAGAUGUAGGAAAAUGAGACCAACCCCUGGGUGUCCUGAGCCUCAAAACUCCUCUUGUGGCCCAAAGACGCUCACCUUGACCUUGGGUGGGCCGGCCAGUUCUGUAUUCCGUUCUCUUGGCCUCAGCCAUGUGCUAGACGCCCUCCAGCUCUGAUCCUGGCAGUUGCCUUCGCAGAAGGAAGAAGACUGAAGGCUCGCAGGGGUUCCAACCCUAAGGGGAGCUGGGGAAAGAAAGCCCCCUCCAUCCCUGCCCUGUGGCCCCUCCAGCCAAGCCCCGGCCAGCCAGUCCGGAAUGAUCCCGCUAUGGCCAAGCUCUGGUUCAAGUUCCAGCGGUACUUCCGCCGAAAACCUGUGCGUUUCUUUACCUUCCUGGUGCUCUACCUGACGGCCGGGAGCCUCGUCUUCCUUCACGCUGGCUUUGUGGGCCAGCCGGCCGUCUCCCAGAACCAGGCCAGCCCUGCCGCCAGGGCCCCGGCCGAGGGCGCCGAGCUGCCCUUCCUCGGAGACUGGCACCUGGGCAGAGGCUUCAGGGACGCGGGGGAAACCUUGAGCCUCGCCCACAGAUACGGACACGGACCCUGGUUCAAGGGCAAAGAUGGGAAUGAGAGAGCCAAGCUGGGUGACUACGGAGGUGGAGCCUGGAGCCGAGCCCUCAAGGGGAGGGCUGUCCGGGAGAAGGAGGAAGAGCGAGCCAAGUACAUCGGCUGCUACCUGGACGACACCCAGAGUCGGGCCCUGCGAGGCGUGUCCUUUUUCGACUACAAAAAGAUGACCGUCUUCCGUUGCCAGGACAACUGUGCAGAACGGGGUUACCUGUAUGCCGGGCUGGAGUUCGGCGCCGAGUGCUACUGCGGCCACAAGAUCCAGGCAACAAACGUGAGCGAGGCCGAGUGCGACAUGGAGUGCAAGGGCGAGCGAGGCAGCCUGUGCGGCGGCGCCAACCGCCUCUCUGUCUACCGGCUGCAGCUGGCCCAGGAGUCGGCCCGCAGGUAUGGAAGCGCGGUCUUCCGAGGCUGCUUCCGCAGGCCCCACAACCUCUCCCUGGCCCUGCCCGUGACGGCCGCCAUGCCAAACAUGUCCGUGGACAAGUGCGUGGACCUCUGCACAGAGAAGGAGUACCCGCUGGCAGCCCUUGCAGGCACCGCCUGCCACUGUGGCUUCCCCACCACGCGAUUCCCCCUGCACGAGAGAGAAGACGAACAGCUGUGUGCCCAGAAGUGCAGCGCGGAGGAGUUUGAGAGCUGCGGGACCCCCAGUUACUUCAUCGUGUACCAGACGCAGGUGCAGGACAACCGCUGCAUGGACAGAAGGUUCCUCCCAGCCAAGUCCAAGCAGCUCAUCGCUCUGGCCAGCUUCCCAGGUGCCGGCAACACGUGGGCUCGCCACCUCAUCGAGCUGGCCACCGGCUUCUACACCGGCAGCUACUACUUCGAUGGUUCUCUCUACAACAAAGGGUUUAAAGGUGAGCGGGACCACUGGCGCAGCGGGAGGACCAUCUGCAUCAAGACACACGAGAGCGGCCAGAAGGAGAUUGAGGCCUUCGAUGCUGCCAUCCUGCUCAUCCGCAACCCCUACAAGGCCCUCAUGGCGGAGUUCAACCGCAAGUACGGCGGCCACAUCGGCUUCGCUGCGCAUGCGCACUGGAAGGGCAAAGAGUGGCCCGAGUUCGUGAGGAACUAUGCCCCGUGGUGGGCCACGCACACGCUGGACUGGCUCAAGUUCGGCAAGAAGGUGCUGGUGGUGCACUUCGAGGACCUGAAGCAGGACCUGUUCGUGCAGCUGGGCCGGAUGGUCCGCCUGCUGGGCGUGGCCGUCCGCGAGGACCGGCUGCUGUGCGUGGAGAGCCAGAAGGACGGCAACUUCAAGCGCUCGGGGCUGCGCAAGCUGGAGUAUGACCCCUACACGGCGGACAUGCGGAGGACCAUCCAGGCCUACAUCAAGCUGGUGGACGCGGCCCUGAAGGGGCGGAACCUCACGGGCGUGCCCGACGACUACUACCCCAGAUGAUGGGCCCACCGGGAGGGGCCUCGAGACCCCUGGGGACCCCGCCCACCCGUCUGGCCCCUUUUUGGUCUGGGGACAGCCCCCUCGGCUGCUGCUGGCCUUCAGCGCGUUUCCUGCGUGACACAGGAGCCUCAGGGGACAGCCACCUGCUCACAGCCCUUCACAGCCCAGGAGGCCCCUGAUGGGGGGGAGCCCCAGCCACACAGGCUUCUGUCUCCCACGGCCCUGCCCCCACCACUCUGGUUCACCCCGUGGGAGGGCGGGCUCCUGCGUGUCCCGGAGACGCGGGUGCCUCCCACGGUGCUGAGGACCUGGAUGCUGGGAAAGGUGCCCCCGGCGCUCCGUCCCCCGGGGCUGGGCUCUCGCGGGCUCUUCUCUCCACCAAACAGCAGCGAGCAGCCCUGGGUUCAUCGGGCCACUUGCGGGGGAGAAGGGUCGCUGGAGGUUUCUCUCUAGCGUCCAGUUUCUGACACUCCCAGUGGGUGGGGGAGCCCCAGUGCUCGCAGGAAGUUCACCGGCACCACCAGGUGGGGCCCUGCAUCACGAGCCCACCCCCAGGUCACACUGCUCCUGAGAUGGAGCUAAGGUCAAAUUCUGCCCUUUCCUCCCCCACUGGGCCCAGGAGGUGACCUGGGGAUCCCUGGUCCCACGUCCAGGGUUCUCCGGGCACCAACAGUUAGCCCAGCAGAUGGCCGAGGGGCCGUGCAGACUCAGUAAGAACGAGAGCCCCGUCACAGUGGCUCCACCGCGGGUGCGGCACAUGGAGCUCACACUGCCUCUAACCCCCGCCGCCGGGGCCUGCGCUCUCCAGCGAGAGAGCAAGGGUGCUCCCGACCAGGCGGGGCCAGACCCAAAAGAGACUCAGCUCCCUUCCCGCACCAUCGGCCUCCCGUGAUCACAGUCCCAAAGGGGUGGCUUCCCUCUCGAGGCCUUUGAGGAAUGAAGCGAAUGCGAUGGCUCUUCACUUCCGCACAGACGCCGCUCCCCGAAGCUGAGACAUCAAACCAAAGGAUUCCUGGGGACCCCGUGUCCCCGAUCCUCGAUCUUCGAAAGCAUGGAUCCAGGAUCCCUCUGCUUCCCCACCUGGGAGACCAGCGGCUUCCCACCUGCGCUCCUGCACCGCCCCCAUCACGUAGAUGCAAAAGCCAUAGGUCACAGCUCUUCACUGUUCUGUCCGGAGCACCCCCUCCCCAGCAGCCCCCCUGAAGCCUUGGGGUGCAAGGACAGGCUCACUCCCAAAUAGCCAGGAGGCCAUGGAGAAGGCGAGUGUAAAGAGAUAUAUUUUUUUAAGAGGAAUAUGACUAAUACAUUCUGCCCCCUGGAAGCCGGCCAUGCAAAGCAAAGGAGCCAGGGGCUCAGACCUGGGAUUCUCAUCCUGAGCCCCUCCCCUGUUGGCUGUGGACGACCCCAGGGCCCCCCCCCCCCCCAGGGGCUCUGAAUGUAUUUUGUACCGCGUUUCUUUACCCCAGGCUCAUGUCUAGUCUUUGGGGAAGCCUCCCCCGCUCCCACCCACAGGCCAGCUCGCUCUGGGAGCCUCUGGGUCAUGGCCUGGGCCGCUCUUGGCCGGCGGUCACCUCGGGCCACGGGCCUCUGUCUGAAGAUUCCUCAGGUCAACACCAUCAUUAAAAGUGAGUUUUGUUGAGAA